AAGAAUGGCAUAGCUAGAUUUGCUAGAAUUUCGGCAACAAAUUGGUAUACAUUAGCGCCUGUAUAAUUCAUUUUCAGAGAAGUUAUCUGAGAAAAACUGCCCAUCGGGCGGAAACCGGGCAGGGUACGGUACGUCCCUCUAUAUAUAUAUACGACAGGUGCAGCAGCAAAUUCAUUCCGCAGUCGGUAAACGUGGAUUUAAGUCUAACCCCUCAAAACACAACAGAGGACAAUUCAAUUUUACAUCGUUUUCAACAUUAGCAGAGACUGCAAAAGUGAUGGCCAAUCUUCAGCGAGUUUUUGUUGUCGGAGUGGGCAUGACGAAGUUCUUCAAGCCUGGCAAAGCCGAUGGAGACUUCCAUGACCUAGCCAAGCAAGCUGGCCAGGCAGCCCUCAAGGAUGCUGGACUCCCCUUUGAUGCAGUGGAACAGGCCGUCUGUGGAUAUGUCUAUGGGGAUACGACAUGCGGACAGAGGGCUGUGUAUGAGAUCGGUAUGACAGGCAUUCCUAUCUAUAAUGUUAACAAUGCAUGCUCUACAGGUUCCACUGCGCUGUUCCUGGCCAAGCAGCUGUUAGAGGGUGGAAGAGCAAACUGCGUCAUGGCACUGGGUUUUGAGAAGAUGCAGAGGGGUUCUUUAACUUUACAGUAUGAAGACCGUGCUAAUCCCAUGCAGAAGUUUGUUGAAGUGAUGUCAGAGCUUCAUGAGAUUACUCCAUCACCAAUGGCUGCUCAGUUAUUUGGCAAUGCAGGGAGAGAGCACAUGCAGAAAUUUGGAAGCACGCCAGAACACUUGGCCAAGAUCGCAUACAAGAACCACAAGCAUUCAACCAACAACCCUAAUUCCCAAUUCCAGAAGGAGUACUCCAUGGAUGAGAUCAAAAAUUCUCCAAAGGUCUAUGAACCACUCACAAGAUUGGAGUGCUGCCCUACUUCAGAUGGAGCUGCAGCGGCCAUCUUGUGCACCGAAGACUAUGUGAUCCAACAUGGUCUGCAGGGUCAAGCGGUUGAGAUCAUGGGCAUGACCAUGGCUACCGAUAAACCAAACACGUUUGAAGACAAGAGCUCCAUGAAACUGGUUGGAUAUGACAUGACAAAGCGUGCUGCAGAAACACUGUUCAGCAAGGCAGGAGCUAGUGUGCAGAUGUUGAUGUGGUGGAACUACACGAUUGUUUCAGCCAAUGAACUCAUCACAUACGAAGCCCUGGGACUCUGCCCUGAAGGUAAAGCUGGAGAGUUCAUUGACAGUGGUGAUAACACGUAUGGAGGCAAGUUUGUGGUCAACCCAAGUGGAGGUCUCAUCUCUAAGGGACAUCCCCUAGGAGCUACAGGUCUAGCCCAGUGUGCUGAGCUUUGUUGGCAGCUUCGAGGCAAGGCAGACAAGAGACAGGUAGAGGGAGCCAAACUAGCCUUGCAGCAUAACAUCGGACUCGGAGGGGCAGCAGUGUGUGCAUUGUACAGGAUGGGUUUCCCAGAGCAAGGCAGACCAAGGUAUAACCUUCAGGCCAACCUAACAGCAGCAGAGGUGUUCAAAUGUGAAGCUGUCUUCAAAGAAAUUGAGAAUGCUCUCAAAGUUGAUGGAAAGAAGAUGGUAGAUAAGAUCAAAGGUAUCUAUGGUUUCGAGGUAUCUGGAGGACCAGGAGGAAACAAAGCCAAAUGGAUCGUAGACGUCAAGAAUGGAAACGGUUCCGUGGAGAAGGUGGAGAAGGACUCUAAAAGGAAAGCAGACUGCACAUUUAAGAUCGCGGAUGCCGACUUGGUGGACCUGAUGAUGGGGAAACUUAACCCUCAGAAUGCCUUCUUCUCUGGGAAACUCAAGAUCACUGGUAACAUGGGACUGGCCAUGAAGCUCCAGCAGCUCAAACCAGCUGCACCCAAGGCUAAAUUAUAGAGAUCAGGGUUCAAGACCCCCGUAAGAAUACCAUUCCUUCCAUCACAAGUUCAGAUGUCCAUCGAGUCACAUGAUACUGAUCUUUUAUUUGUAUUGUAAUUUGGAGACUUACUUAGCAUACAUCCUUCCAUCACGGAAUGUCCCUUGAGGGAUAUGAUAUCUUUCCUUGAAAUUUGGAAAUAUAUUUGAAUAUAGAAUCAUCUAAACAGUGUCAUUCAUCGGUGUCUCAUGUGAGAUGGAAAUUAAAGAAUCAGUUCAAGACAUUGUGAGAAAAUUGAUAAUUUCAUCAAUUAGAUGUCCAUUGAGUCACGGGACACCUUCUUAUAUUAAACUUGCAACAAAAAUACACCAAAAUAGAGAAUAUGGUACAUGCACAUCCUGCAGUAGAUAUUCCAGUGCUGUAGUCAUGAUUGUUGUCUCAUGUGUGAUGAACAUUUAGAAGGAUGUUUCUAUGUACAGAGAGAUAUGCAAACUCACUGAUAUCAAUGUAAGCUAACUGUACCCAUGCUUCUUUUUGUUAUUUGAUUGAAUUUACGAUUACCAAUGUGGUACAUGUAAUUUGCCAGAGUGUACAAAGCUGUCUGAAUCAUGAAAUUAGGUGACAUUAUGCAGUAUGUAUGUGCAAUAAUGGUACUUUUUGUAGUGUAAAAUGCCACUACAUAUGAAUGAUCAUUGUUACACCUUUGCUCGGAAUCGACCCUCAUCCCUCUGAAUGAAAGGUUUAUGGACGUGUAUGCUGGAGUGAAAACUCUUCACUGCAGGUGGCAUGUAUAUAAUCAAAAUAAUAAUAGAGAGAGUGCUUCCAUUAACACUUUGGUGGAUUUCUUCGCCCCUCUGCAUCACUAGUUUGCCAUACUUGCAAUUUUGCACAAACACCAUGCAACGAUUAAACAAAGGAUGGUUUGCAUAACACAAUGGCUUUGCAAAAUUACCCAUUUCCGGUCUUGAUGAUCUUCAUGACAACCCGUUAAGCACAGGUACAUAUUCAUUUUUGGAAAUGGUAAAAUAAACUGAAGCCUUUGGUAUGAUGUAUCCAAUGGUAUAUACAAUGUGGCACCGAGAGAUUAUUUAUGUGGCUUCUAAUGAGUAAAUCAAAUUACCACAAACAUUUUCCUUUGUUGGUUUCAAAGUGGUGUACGGUAAUAUAUUAAGCAAAAGAAGAGGUGAAGAGAUGAUGAAAAUUGAACAAUAUGAAAAAUUCUUUUGCAAUAUUAAACUUUUUUCUGUGGUUUUUAAUGUUUCAGAAUAUUCCUCUAGUUGCAAUCAUUUUGAAUGUUGUCUCAUGUAAGAUAUAACGUCAUUUCACCUGGUGAAGUGUCUAUUUGGGAUGCAUGUACUGAUCGCAAAAUGUUUCAUAACUCUGCUUGGUUAACUUUUUAACAUCAGGUGAGAUAUGUAUAUUUGCAUCACCAUCAUGAUCAAAAUAAAUUUGUGUAUGAACUAUUGGGAUGUAUCUAAGUUGUGGAAUAUAAUUGAUUUACAUGUUGAUGAAGGAGCUAUUCCUUGGAAAAUAUGUAUUAUUAUACUAUGUGAUACUCUUUUUCAAAAUAGAAUGAAAUUUUAAAAGUACUUCAAACAUAUAUGUUAAUGCAGAAAUUUGGUUAUGAUAACACAUGGUGUUAAUAAUGACAAUUUUUAAAGAGAACUUACAAGACGAAAAACAACUUUCCUGAUCCACACAGAGUUGAUAUUAUUCAUCACAAUUCAUUAUAAUUGCAUAUUUUAUCAUGAAAACCUAUUAUUUCAUCAUACUAUAUGCACUUUGUGCUAUUAUCUAUUAAUUUAUGUAACAUAUUCAUGUUGAAUGUCUAUUGAAAUAAUGUGCUUUGUAUAACCAUUUGUGGUACAGACCGAUUUUGUACUGAGCAAUGAAUAAAAAAUGAAAGAAAU